AAAAAAAGUACGUUGGGGGUGUAAACAUGUUAUAUCAAAUUAAUAAUUUAGUGCUCUAAAAAUGACUUUUUUCGUUAAGUUUUUGAGCUUUAAACGUUUCUUAAAAGCUUACUGAAGUGAUAUUAUCCAUAAAAUGUGAUAGUUUCAAAAUCAAGUAUAUUUUUCUACAAAAUCUUUCAAUGGCUAGUGACAGCGAUAAAAGUUCGAGUAAUCAUAACUUAGAUGGUUCUCUGAGAAAUACUAAGAACCAAGGAACUACUGGAAAUAUUGGUGAAAGCGGUGAGAAAACAAAUCUGGGUGUGUUUCCUGUGGGCAAAGGAGGCCGGCAUUUAUCGGUUCCAUUUGAUACUUCAACAGCUAACGGUGAUUUGACUAAUAAGAAACAGAAUGGUUCUACGGUGCGCACGAAUAGCCUCGGCUCGGGCGCCCGCACGCCACCUGUCGAGCGGACCAAAUCCAAGUUCUCUGCUUUCGGCAGACUCUUCAAGCCGUGGAAGUGGAAACGGAAAAAGAAAUCGGAAAAGUUUGAAGCUGCUUCUAGAACAUUAGAAAGGAAAAUAUCCGUCCGUGCGAAUAGAGAUGAGUUAGUGCAGAAAGGCAUCCUCUUACCGGAAAGUCCAGUGACGCCCGUGGCUGAAGCAGAUGAGGAAUCAUCGCCGCCGUACAGCGACGAGCGCAGCGAGCCGGGCGGGGGAGCGGGCGGCGGGCCGGACCGCGGGCUCGCCAGCAUGCACGCGGCGCUGCAGGCGCAGCUGGCGUCGCAGCUCGCGCACCAGAACGCGGUGCUCGCCGCCGCCGUCGCCGCCGCGGCGCAGCAGCAGCACCAGAACAAUAAUGUCAUAGAACCAAAGAAAGACAAAUUGGAAAAUGGCGGUGAGCUGAUGAGGCCCGAGCGGCCGAACUCCUUGACAGCAGGAAAGCUUCCGCGGCGGAUAUGCUAUCAAGGAGACGUUGUAGGUGGGUACGGGUCUUCGGGCGUCGACAGGGGCGGGGGCGGCGGCGGCGACGGCGGCGACGAGCCGCUGGUGCUCUCAGAGCUGCCGGAGCCGCCGAUCGCGGUGUCCGAGAUCGGGCCCAUCCCGCCGCCGCCCAUGUUCAGCUCGCCCAGCCCUACGAGGCACCAGCACCAACAUCACCACCACCAACACGCCAUCAUUCAACAUCCUCUCUCUGACUCCGAAGAGGAGGACGAACAGGAGGAAGAUAUUGAACCCUUAAACCUAGGCGCGGACACCAACAGAGUAGAAGAGAUCCCACCCAAGGAGCCGAGCUUCAACGCGGUGCCGCUCAAGUCUGCGCUCAAGAAGCGGCCCGCGCCCGCCGCCUCGCCCGCCGCCACGCCGCUCGCGCCGCGACAAGACCAUCACCAUGCCAGCUUCAAGCGGCCGCCGCCUAAACCGAGGAUUCGCAUAUGCACCCGUCCUGUGCGCGUGGGCAACGCGCUAGAAAACAAAGAGAACGCGCGACCGUGGGCCGAGGGCGGCGAGUACCGCGACGACUACGCCACGGAGUCGGAGCGCGUGGCCGCCAAGCUGGCCCGCAAGGAGAGCCUCAACAUCAAGCUGGCGCUGCGGCCCGACCGCCAGGAGCUUAUAAACAGAAAUAUAUUGGUGGUGCAGAGCGAGCACGAGCGCCAGGAGUCGUGGGAGGCGAUCGGCGCGCGCCUCAUCCGCCGCCUGUCCAUGCGGCCCACCGCCGACGAGCUGGUCGAGAGGAACAUAUUGAAGAGUCAAUCACCCGCUGAAGAAAAGAAACAAAAGGAAGAGAAGAAGAGGUAUUUGUUACGCAAGCUCAGUUUCCGGCCCACAGUAGAUGAACUCAAAGAGAAGAAGAUCAUAAGAUUUAGUGAUUACAUCGAAGUAACACAGGCGCACGACUAUGACCGCCGCGCGGACAAGCCUUGGACGCGGCUGACGCCACGAGACAAGGCGGCCAUCCGCCGCGAACUCAACGAGUUCAAGAGCUCCGAAAUGGCUGUGCACGAGGAAAGCAAGCACCUCACGAGGUUCCAUAGGCCAUGACGGCUGUGCCUUACAGCGGGCGCGGGCGCGGUGGGCCUGUGUCCGCCCGCCAUCGCUCACCUAACUCUUGUAUCGUAGUUAUUGCCGAGUACAAUUUAUUAAUUAUUAUUAUUAAAACGUUAUGUUAAGUUCAAGUAUUCUAAGCGUACCUAUACAUUCUUUGAAUUGACCUUCGCGAAAGGUUAGUGAUACUGAUUAUUGUGGUCGAGAUUAUGCGCUUCGAAGCUCGGUGAACUGUGAGAUUUACGAGUGAAUUAUUUUGAUAUGUGAGACGUAUCCGAUUAUAGAGUUUUUGUAGUCUUGUGAUUUUUUCUUAUAUUGCUAGCUUUUAGCUUCGUAGUCGUUAAGCUAGAUUCGAUUUGAAUACAUAUUUAUUUCGUAUUGAAUUUCUAUUUUACGGUCACAAUUCGAUUGUUUUAAAUAAUUUCACUUUUUGAAUUACGUAGUGUUAGCGACUUACGUUGGACGCCUUCCGUUUGUUUGCACGUUUACGAAAAUGCAAUGACUAAGUACACAGCGGAUUUUCGCUCUCCAUCUGGAUUAGACCAUGAGAUACUACCACUGAUUUUCAUAACUUGUGCGACAGUCACAAACGCCUGUCAACUGAAUCGCCUCUUACAUACAAUUGGAAAUGCCAGAUAUGUUUUGUAAAUGUUUGUUGACGUGAGGAUAUACGUAGGUGUUAUAUUGGUUACGGUUGUGCGACACCUUGUCGCUCGAUUUCUUUCAUCACUCCAGUCUAAUGAACUAAAUAUCUUAGAAGUGCUUCCAAAUGCUGUGCAACGUAACAAUAAAUCAUUAAAUAUGGGACUCCGUUCCUUAUGUAUAAUAGAAGAUUUAUAAAAAUAGUACUCUCAGUAGCAAUUUGGUAUCUAUUAAAAGUAUGCACAACUAUUAGUUUGCUCAACUAAAGAUUUCUCUGCAUGAUUAAAGUUUUCUUUUUUCGUAUUUUAGACUAAUAUAUCACCUACUAUCUUUUAUCACAAUGCAAAUAUCUAUAUUUGUAAUUUUAAAAAUUUGUUGAUAAGAGUAGUUAUUUUCAUAAUACGCUUCUAAAUCGAAGUACCUAUGUAUAUUUAUAUCAUAAUCAUUAAUUUUUGUAAUUGUAUAAUCUCCGCGUGAUGUGCAGUAACCGAUAAUAAUCGAUAUAUUAUGGUAGUUUACUUUGUGAAAUUGUUUACGUAUAAGGCGUAUGGUCCAGUACUGCUAUUCCUACAGGGAGAGUCGGCGGCCGGCCAUGGCGCCGAGAGGAUGGCUGAGGGCACUCGUGGUCUCCUGGUCGCUCUAGCCUAGCUCUUAUUUAGGGUACUCAAAAUUGAACGAAGUAUUCAAGUAAACAACUAAUUAAUUGAUCGAAUAACUCUAAAAUGUAGGUGUUAAUUAAUAAUGUUACGCCUUCUGAGAUUACGUUAUGGUUCGAUAUUGUAAAUGUUUGCGUAUGUUUUGGUAAAGACGGUAAUUGUAAUUUAGAAUGACUUGAUAAUAUAAUGAGCAAUAAUUCUGCUGUCGGUCUGUUUCGAUUGUUUAAAGUUUUAAUGUUGAGAUUUUUUUACAUUACUGUAUAGGUGAUUACUUCGUAGUGUAACUAAUAGAUAGGGAUCAGUUAAAUAAAUCAUUUUUAUAAAAACGAUAUAUUGUUCAGUAGCGGUGCCAUUACUCGUGAAGUCGUGACGUGUUCGGGAUCCAAUCGAUAAUCACAUUGUUGUUGAAUAUGAUAUCUUAGGAGUACUUCUCAGUGUUAAGGGAUGAUAAGCGCACCAAGUAGGGCCGAGGUCAUUGGUCUCGCAGACGUUGUAAUGGAUAUUGUUGCAUUACUAUACAUGUAACAUCAUCUCGCACACCCGUGCAGUUCGCAUUACUAAGCCACCUCACAAUAAUAUAGGUCAAACAGGUUCAUAAUACGCAGAAAAAUAAUGAUAGCAGGUUACAACAAAAUGUUUAUACAAUGGUUAUUCUUGAGACCAUUCCAUUAUAGAAUAAAGUGGAAGCCAAAAUGACGACUUAUUUUUCUAAACGAUUUUGUUAGAUUUGCAAUUAAAAUAUUAAGGUAACAUGUAGAUGUUUAUCGAUAUAUUAUAAUAUUAAGACAUUCAGAUUCCAAAGAUCUAAGGCUCAACUAAAUUCUUUUAGCUAGCUUUCAUAUUGCCAUUGUUAUCGUAUAUAAUGUAUAUUGCGAUAAUGUACGUACGUCUUGACCGACACAAAUUCGUCUCAAGUGUGAAUAUAAUUCUGCAGACAUCACAUAUAGCGUGUAUAUAAAUAAAAUUACUUUUACCAUUAAAAUGUGAUACGAUUUUUAAUUUAGCAACUUUGUAUUACUUUAGACUUUUGAAAAUACAUACAUUUAUGUAUAAUAUAUUAUUAUAUUAUGUAUAAUCCAUCAUCGCUUUUUUAAAACUCUAGGUGGUGCUCCCUGAGCUGCGUAACAAUAAGUAUAAUCAUUGUUGUUGUCGCGCACACAAUACUCAUGCGGGAAUUUGUACUACAAACUUGAAUAUAAAUAAAUACGCCUGUGACCACAAUGCAAUUUAUUAAAACCAUGCAUACGGAUUUUUUAAAAGAUUGAAGCUUUUACGAGCUUCAGGAUACAAGUCUCACGUUGUAUUACUUAGAGUCGUUAAAGGACGUAUAAAUAUGAACAUGGCAACAAAGUCUAAUGUGAUAAGGAUGUUUCUAAAGCAAUUAUAUCGAUAAACAUUAUUUUUAAUGAUAUCUGUAUAUAAUUUUAAUAUCUUGUACAUUAUGGAAUCUCUUUUAUUUCCAUUGAUAUCGUGCGUAUCAUUUGUGCUAUUAUUACAUUAAUAUAAUUGCUACCUUCAGUAAACUGUAUACUGUUGCUUUUAUUUUGAAUAUCGUGUAAAUUAUUAAUGACAUGCUGUAA